GCUAGCAAAGUCCUGCGCAACCGUGCGCAGCAGCCAGCAAAGGGAUAGGGGAGGGGGCGCCCGGGUCAGGCAGGGCACUCUCCCACGCUGCACUGUCCAUCACCUACCUGAGGGCGACGGCCCGGCCUCUUCCCUCCCGCGCCUCCUCCUCUUAUACCUCCGCCUCUCCCUCUCUUCGCUGCCACCAUCGUGCAUAUCCUUGUCCGGCCGUUAGUUUUCAAUAUAGCCUAGCUCGCGGCCCGGCCAUGGCGAAGCAGUCAUGUUGCCACAAGAAGAGGCUGAGGAGAGGGCUCUGGUCCCCGGAGGAAGACGAUAAGCUCAUGAACCACAUUGCCAAGUACGGCCAUGGCUGCUGGAGCUCCGUCCCUAAGCUUGCAGGACUUGAGAGGUGUGGCAAGAGCUGCAGGCUGAGGUGGAUAAACUACCUGAGGCCGGACCUCAAACGGGGCACAUUCUCACAGGAGGAGGAGGACCUCAUCAUACACCUCCAUUCCAUGCUAGGAAACAAGUGGUCGCAGAUUGCGGCGCAGCUGCCUGGCCGGACUGACAACGAGGUCAAGAACUUCUGGAACUCGUACAUCAAGAAGAAGCUCAGGGAGCGCGGCAUAGACCCGGCCACCCACAAGCCGCUCGCCGAAGCCUCCUCCACCACCGCGUGCCGCGCGGUCUUCAGCGACGCAGAGCUCAUCCCGACGACGGCCACGACGACGCCGGUCCAGGACCCGGUGGAGCAAAUGCUGGACGGCCUGAAGAUGCCGAUGGACUGGCCGGUCGCCCCCGUCCACAGUAACGAGGUUCCCGAGUACUACCAGGUACCGAGCCUCCAAGCCUUCGAUAUGGGCGCGCUCCAGCAGCACUGCGGCGCCUUCCCGUCGGCGUCGAGCUCCAGCACGGUGACCGGUCUGAGCCCGACGGCAGCCGACGCCGGCGCAAACCUGCCGUGGCUGGAGCUUGGGCCGACCGACACCGUCUCCGGCCACAUCGCUGACCACUACGCGGGCGCGCUGGACGAGCUCAGGUGGUCGGACUACUUCGACGGCGCAUUCCAAGCCGCCGCCCCGACGUCCCAAGGCGCCCUCCAGGGGCCAUGCGUCUACGACGGCGUCAAGGUCGACGACGACGCGGCGCAGUUCGACGUCCACGGGCUAAGCAACUGGUGCUAGCUAUACAAUACAUAAAUCAAUCAGCUAAUCCAUUAAAAAAAAAACUCGGCGAGCUGAAAGCUGCAACACUGCAUGGAAGAUUAUAAGUUGAUAUCUACAGGCAGGGACAAGGAUCGAUGGAUGGAUACUGGCUGAGCCUGACUACCAAAAUUACAUAUACUACAACUACACUUUACGUUACGCUACUACAACAACUAGUACUAGGUUUCCAUUAUAUUUGUUUCGGUGUUGAGUACGUAUGAUCGUGUAAAGGACAGGUAACGGUGGUGGUACAGACUGCCGACAGAAACGGGCCAUGCAUGGUUAAAUAGAGUGGAUAAAUAAUUGGCGAGUAGUAUGAAUCUCAGCAAUUAUAUGCAUGCUCAUAUGUAUAUUUGACUUUUA